GGUAUUGCCUAUGAUUCGGUCAUGGCACUGGUGAAUGAAAAGUUGUUGGGCACUGGCUACAAACUGUUUGUGAACAGCUCCCACAUCAGUCCCAUACUCUUCAGAGACCUCCUUAGUAAGAAGAUCUGGGCUUGUGGCACUGUUCGAACAAACAGAAUAGGCCACUCAAAAAAACCAGCUCCUCGCGGCAACAAACGUUGGUUUCGGGACGACAGCCUCCUGUUUGUGGAGUGGACGGACAAGAAUGAUGUGCUGAUGUGCUCCACCUUUCAUAAAGCCUACAAUGGUGACACAGCGAAAAGGAGGGUGAAGGGAAAAGAUGGUGUUUGGACAACUGAGGACUUCCCAGUUCCAGCUGCAGUGCUGGACUACAAUAAAAACAUGGGGGGAGUGGAUCUGUCUGAUAAACUUAUUGAAAAUUACACAGUUCUGCAUAAAACGACGAAGUGGUAUCAAUCCUUUUUUUACCAUUUUGUGGACAUCGCUGUUGUAAAUUCCUUCAUUUUGCACAGGCACAUGGCCAAAGUGAAGAAUCUGAAUCCUCUGACCCAGAAAAAGUUUCGGGAGGCACUUGUCUCAGAGCUUACAGGAACAAGUAUUUCUCAUACCUCUGCACAAGAUCCUAAGCAAUCUCUUCCUCAGGAAUUACACUUGCCCAAGUACAUCUGUGGGGACAGCACUAUCGGAAGGAGGAGAUGCAAGAUGUGCCAUUAUAAAACUCCAUUGGUAUGUGCAACAUGUAAUGUGGGUUUGUGCUUUGUUCCCAAGCGUGAAUGUUUUAAGAAAUGGCAUGAAUCAGGGUGUGGUAUCAAGGAUAUGUCUAAGAUAGACAGUUGAUGGAUACAGUAGAAAAACUUGGGUGACAGUGACCCCUGGUGUUGAUGCAUUAGUUUAUGAUCUGUGGGUAAAAAAAUUACAAAAGAAAUAUGUUUUAUUUUGUGAUUUCUUACCUGAAUGAUAAUUACAAAAUGUACAGGAGGUGUAUGUGUAAAAUAGUUUGGUUUCCAGCUGUCCUUUCAAAAUAUCUUUGGAGGUACAUGCAGGCUUAAACUUAAACUUGUUGUAGUAUCAUUAAGAAAUGGGCACAAGUUCUCAAGCAUUCAGAAGUGACCAGUUUUGGAGAAUAAAUGGCUAAAGCAGCGACGCUAAAAGCUGCACUUUCCAUUUGGGUGGGUGGACCAAGAGAAAUGAUGUACUGCAGUAGAUCGUCAAACUAUUCUAUUCAAUUUAAUUUUCAAAUUUUAAUGUUUAGCUUCCUGUUUUCAGGAGCUUAUUUAGGACAUUUAGCUACUA